AUGUUCGCCGCGCGCGCGCUCGCACGCUUGGGAGCGAUCGCGUCGAGGGCGUCGGCGGGAGCGACGGCGACGACGAGCGCGUCGACGGCGGCACGCGCGAUCGAGGACGGCGCGGCGCCGAGCGCGAUCGCGUCGCUGACGCGAGCGUUGCGAACGAUCAAGUCGUUCGCCCCGGGGGCGACGAUCGGUAAGUUGAAACCCGAACCGCGCGGGAUGGAGGCGCCGAUGACGAGCUUCGAGGCGGGGGCGCGGCAGGAGGGAUGGGGGAGCGCGGGCGGAGGCGCGGCGCCGUGGACGCCGACGAGGGAGCUGAAGAAGAGAAAGAGUUACUUCAAACGGUGCGGGCACAUGAUGGAGACGCUGGAGCGUGAGCGAAUGAAAGAACUCGCGGCGGAGCGAGUGAUCGUACCGUUUCGACCGGGAGACGUGGUGAAACUCACGCUGGAGGUGCCGGAGAACAUGAGGAAGACGCAGACCUUCACGGGGAUCUGCAUAGCGAAGAGGCACCGUGGGAUGGGAUCGAGCUUCACGUUGCGAUCCGCGGUGGGUAAUCUCGUGGUCGAGAGAACGUUUCCUCUAUUCACGCCAAACAUCAAGGGGAUGGAGAUCUUGGAGCGAAGGAAAGUGCGACGCGCAAAGCUCUAUUACCUCCGAGACAAACCGCUCAGGUACUCUCGACCUUAG